GGAGCGGCGGGUACCUCUCGCGGCUUUUGCAGCUUCUGCAUCCUGGCACAAGUCUGGCGGCCCCAGAAUCCAGUUUCCAGCACUGCGCUCACUCCGGCUCAGUUCUGCUUUCAUCCGUCCAGGUCCACCCUGCUCUCAUCUUGUUCCAUAUAUUGAUCUGUUACUUUACCACCGCAUACAUAAGGUUGGAGAUCGUCCCCAAGUCCGUCUCAUCCUCCCCAAUCCUUAAGCGGCAGCGGGCGGACAGUUCAGAAGCGGGGACUCGGCUCGCCUGUCCUAUGGCGUAGUGGGGGGGACCUCCGUGGACUCCGAGAGCGAGGUGAGGAUCACCGCUGGAUGGGAAGGGGUGGGCUUAUGAUGCGGGAUUUAGGAACUGUCGUGGGUGUGAAGAGGCGGAGACAAAACCCUAACCGCGCUCCAAACCGGGCUGGGCUUGCUCUACUAGACGGUUGGGUUCUGGGUCUGCGGCCACCUAUCCCGCCAGGCUGCCCGGUGGCUCCUCAGAGCCUGACGCUCAGAGCCGGGAAAGGAUCGCGGAGUGUCCUCAGCCGGGGCUGCUGCCUGCAAGGAGGGGGCGGGGAAGCUGAGAGCCCGGUGCGCCACUUCCCCGGCAGCUUCAGCUUGUGCAGGCCUGGCUUGCUGCUGCCUCGUGGCUUUGCACUGAGGUCCGCCUCUCCCCUCCCUCCCACUUCCCGCGAGCUGCCUCUGCCUUCUUCCUCCUCAACCUCCAACCCCGACUGUCGGGAGCUGGGCUAGGAGCUCUCAGUCGGCCGGAGCUCUGGAUGUGGGCGCCAGCCAAGCCCACGGCGCCUACCUCCAAGAUGGACAGCCGCUACACCAGCACCGCCGGCCUCGGGGAUUUAAGCCAGCUGAGCGCGGCCAUCCCGGCCACACGAGUGGAGGUGUCCGUGUCCUGCAGAAAUCUUCUUGACAGAGACACAUUUUCUAAAUCUGAUCCAAUUUGUGUCUUGUAUGUACAAGGAGUUGGAAAUAAAGAAUGGAGAGAGUUUGGAAGGACUGAAGUAAUUGAUAAUACUUUAAAUCCUGAUUUUGUAAGAAAAUUUAUUCUGGACUACUUUUUUGAAGAAAGAGAGAAUCUUCGUUUUGACUUGUAUGAUGUUGAUUCGAAGAGUCCCAACUUGUCAAAACAUGACUUUCUGGGACAAGUGUUUUGUACAUUGGGGGAGAUUGUUGGUUCACAGGGAAGUCGCCUGGAAAAGUCCAUAGUAGGAAUUCCAGGGAAGAAAUGUGGUACAAUCAUCCUUACAGCAGAGGAAUUAAACUGUUGCAGAGAUGCUGUUCUGAUGCAAUUUUGUGCGAACAAAUUGGACAAAAAGGACUUCUUUGGAAAAUCAGAUCCUUUUCUUGUAUUUUAUCGAAGUAAUGAAGAUGGCAGUUUUACAAUUUGUCAUAAAACAGAAGUUGUCAAAAACACUCUGAAUCCUAUUUGGCAAGCAUUCAAGAUCUCAGUCAGAGCUUUAUGUAAUGGCGAUUAUGACAGAACAGUCAAAGUAGAGGUGUAUGACUGGGAUCGAGAUGGAAGUCAUGAUUUCAUUGGAGAAUUUACAACAAGCUAUAGGGAACUUUCUAGAGGGCAAUCACAGUUCAAUAUAUAUGAGGUGAUAAAUCCCAAAAAGAAAGGAAAAAAGAAGAAAUAUACUAAUUCAGGAACAGUCACGUUACUUUCUUUCGUGGUAGAAACAGAAGUUUCAUUCCUUGACUAUAUUAAGGGAGGAACACAAAUCAAUUUCACAGUGGCUAUUGAUUUUACUGCAUCAAAUGGCAACCCUACCCAGCCCACUUCUCUCCACUACAUGAAUCCUUAUCAACUGAAUGCCUAUGGUAUGGCACUGAAAGCAGUGGGAGAAAUCGUUCAAGAUUAUGACAGUGAUAAAAUGUUCCCAGCUUUAGGUUUUGGUGCAAAACUGCCUCCAGAUGGAAGGAUAUCUCAUGAGUUUGCUUUGAAUGGGAACCCUCAAAACCCCUACUGUGAUGGCAUUGAGGGUGUCAUGGAGGCUUAUUAUAGGAGUCUGAAAUCUGUACAACUGUAUGGGCCAACCAACUUUGCUCCUGUAAUUAAUCAUGUAGCAAGAUAUGCUUCUUCUGUAAAGGAUGGCUCCCAGUAUUUUGUGCUACUUAUUGUGACAGACGGCGUUAUCUCAGAUAUGGCUCAAACUAAAGAGUCCAUAGUUAAUGCUUCAAAACUUCCAAUGUCAAUAAUUAUAGUAGGUGUUGGGCCAGCAGAAUUUGAUGCAAUGGUUGAAUUGGAUGGAGAUGAUGUAAGAGUUUCCUCCAGAGGAAAAUAUGCUGAAAGGGACAUUGUGCAGUUUGUGCCAUUCAGAGAUUAUAUUGACAGAAGCGGAAACCACAUACUCAGCAUGGCUAGAUUAGCUAAAGAUGUCCUAGCAGAGAUCCCAGAGCAGUUUCUCUCCUACAUGAGGACCAGAGGAAUCAAGCCAUCACCUGCACCUCCCCCGUACACCCCACCUACACAUGUGUUACAUACUCAAAUAUGACUGUGCUCCAAAAUGCUAACGUAACUACACUUCAGUUAGAACUGCUGAGUCCAUGCUUUUCUCCUGGUGCUCUAUAAGGAACCAGGGAAUGAGAUACUUUUCUCAGUUUGGUUUCAGCAGUAUUGGUUUGUAUGCUUUCUUGGAUCCAAAAUUUAUUAUCUUCCUAAACCAAAACUGUAAAUACGGUUGUUGCAUGAGCAACAGAAAAAUUGUUUAAGUGCUUGAAGCAAAAUAUGGAUGUAUUCUCUGAAUCUUUAAAUGUUUUCUAGACAGAAACAGUUAAUUUCCAAUGUACUGUUGGGAAAAAGCACAACCUGUGUUUUUAACUCAAAUAUUGUCCUUGACUGCUAUGUAUAUAGGAAAGCGGUCUCUCUAUAUCAAUGUUUACAUGUUACUACUUUUUAGAUUCCAAUACUUUUAUAACUGUUCUUAAGAAUACAAGUUUUGAAUAUUGAAUCCUUUGUCUUCUAAAUUGCAAUAGCUAUAAUCACAAGAGCAAUAUCUCUUUGAAUGACUGUCUGGAGAAAUGCAAUUGCAAGCAAGGGAAGGUAAAUAUACUUCCAUAUUUCUCAGUAAGUGAAUUGUCUUAUGAAGCUGUAUCUGCUUAGUAAUCAGUUCCUCUGUGCCAUUUGCCAAGUAUGGGAGUUUACACUUAGCAGAUGUGUAUUCUGAAAGAACAUGCAUUUUUCAUGAAGUUUGGGUUCUAAAUUUAGACUGCAAUUUGUUUAUGUUUUGUAAUGCUAAGUAGAAAUAAUAAAAAGUCAAACAUCGUGAACUGUAAAUGCACAGAAAAUACUUGGUGUAAAAAGUAGCAUCUUUAUAUUACAAUACUAUGUAGAAAGACUAAAAUCCAGAAUAUUUGACUGUCAACCAUGUAGCAGAUGUUUUAAACUUUCUAUUUCAUUGUACCUUGUCUAGAUAUUUUAAGUCAAAUGGAUACUGGCUCUCUUGAUUUGAAUUCCUUUCCAAGUUGCCACGCAGGGUGCACAGGCUGGAAGUUUUUUGCGAAAUUCCCAGUUAAAUAUACACAACCAUGUGACGUAGUGCACAACACAUUUGUGAAAUAACCCACUCCUAUAUACUGACUGAUCUGCCUAUCCACAAUUAAUUGUAAAGAGUUUUUGCAUGUACAGUUUUUAUGAGAAUUGCAGUUUUGUGACAAGAAUGACAGUUGUGUCUAAAUUAAAACAUAUCUUUAGAACAAAUGGCCUUAAAUUCUCACAGAAUUCCUGGAAAUGACUGUGAAUUACCUUUAAGUAAUAGAAAAGUGAAUUUAUUUUUUUUCUUUUGUGUCAACAAUGUAACUGCUUUAUAAUAUUUUCCUUACUUAUACCCUAUUUACUACUUGGUUUAUUUCUACUGUAUGUUGUUCUCUUUGUCCCACGUUGACUAAGGGUGACUUUUAUAAGCAUGAAACUAUUUUACGGAAAACAAAAAUAUAUACAUUCACAUAUCUAACAGAAUCGAUGUUAUAUAAUUAUGUACUCCUAAAUUGUCCAUUUUGGAGUAUAUAUUAAAAUCUUUUAAAUAUUAACUAUUUGCUCUGUAAACUUUAUGUAUAAACGACAUGGAAUCUGAUGAUUUCCUUUACUGGUCUCAAAUAUUUAUGUCAGUAUAGUUUAUUAGCCUACAAUUGUAUUAUUUGCCUUCAUUCAUCAGUCCUAAAGAAUGAAAAUAAAUAAGAUCAAUAUUAUUUCCUUCUUGUCAAA